AUGUCGGGUAAACCUACAGUUCUUCAUCUUGGUGAUCCCAUCAAAUACAAUGAUGAAUUCUACAACGAAAACUUCAUCUCUCGCUUUGAGGUUAUCAGAGCGACGGAAACCGACCGAGCAAGUUUCAUGGAAGCCUUGAAAACUAAGAAAUAUGGUGAUUUCUCGGCUCUAUUCCGCCCUCAUUUUCAAACGGGAGGUUUCAUGGGCCAGUGGGACUCGGAACUCAUCUCACUAUUACCACCAAGCGUGCGUAUCUUUGCUUCAGCUGGAGCAGGCUUUAACUGGGCAGACACUGACAUACUUGGCCAUCACCAAAUUUGGUACGCUAAUGGUGCUGGUGCAUCUGAUGAGGCUGUCUCCGACACGGCAUUGUAUAUGAUUCUUAGCGUGUUCCGAAACUUCACACGAUCGCAGCUAGCGGCACGGAAGGCUGAUCCAAAAAUAUUUACUGAAACUCACAAGCUUAUUGCCACAAUAUCACAGAAUCCUCGUGGCCAUAUUUUAGGCGUGAUCGGACUAGGGAAUAUCAGCAAAAAGCUUGCUCUCAAGGCCCGACUGGCGUUGGGAAUGAAGAUACACUACUUUGAUAUUGCGCGUGCAGGGCAGAAGGAAGAAGAAGAGCUCCAAGCCACAUACCAUGAGUCAUUAGACCAUCUUCUAAAGAUUGCCGACUGCGUUACACUGCAUACGCCUCUUAACAAGCAUACCCACAAUUUGAUUGAUGCCAGGGCCUUGUCAUUGAUGAAGCCCGGAAGUAGAAUCAUCAAUACAGCUAGAGGGCCUAUUGUGGAUGAAGACGCAUUGAUUCAAGCUCUCAAGACGGGUCACAUAGCUGCUGCAGCACUCGAUGUGCACUACCAUGAGCCGCAAGUGUCCAAAGUACUAGCGACCAUGGAUAAUGUUACUCUUACCACUCAUAUUGGCGGUGGUGCAUUGGACACGAGAAUUAACUUUGAACUAAAUGCCAUGAAGAAUAUUCUUGCUGUGGUCGGCCCCAGUGGUGAAUUCUCAGGAGAGCCACUUACGCCUGUAAAUAGAGAGGCAUUUCGAGGGGGAUUGUUGAAAGUUCAAAGUUGA